UUGUGGUUUUGGGGUUUUGGUGUUCUGGCUGUAACUGUCUUCUUGGGUUUUUGUGCCCAAGGUACUUGGUUAUUAAUAACAAUUAUUAAUUGCCAAAAAAAAAAAUCUUAUAUAUAAAUAAGAAUGUCAAUUUCUCAACUUCUAGCCACAAACCUCUGAAACUCCAUCCUAGCAAUUAUGUGCAACCCCUUAUAAAUACUUAGUAGUUAUUUUAUAUAUAAAAAAAACAAAGAAAUUUCCUUAGAAUAACUAACUACCCUACCAACUUCGCAAAAAAAAAAAAAAAAACCAUCCUAAAAUAACUACUUAGCGUACGAAUUUCUCAUGUAACGAUCCAUUUAUGCACCCCAAUAACAAUCGAUCCUGUGCAUUACCAGGGUACAUUCUAAUAUUAGAAAUUAUUUAAAAUAUUAUAUUUAAUUAUAAAUCUUUACUCUUUAAAAAGUGGGAGUACAAGUUGCUGUAGCUUAUGAACAGUAACAUAAUAUUUCAAAUUUCACUUCUUUUUUUUCACACGUGCUUCCCUUCUUUCUUCUUUUCUCACCUUUUUCUCCCCUCUAAUUAAUGGAGCCCUGGUAAAUUGGUGCUUGAACUCAUCAACCUGAUAAUAUGUUACAGAUUUCAAAAUACAAAUUGGAGAAAUCCCGGAAGCUAUUUAGUAUGCCCCCAUCUUUACCGACUACCGCAAAGAGGGUUGCUCUGUCGGAGAUGACGACGUUCAUAGCAGAGACUAAGAUCUCUCUGUGUUGAAAUCCGACAUAAGCCCUCCAAGAUUUAAGCUCCACCUCAUCGUUGUUGAGUAUUGUGAGGGUUGAUUUAAAGCUGAAGGAUUUUUUAGAGGCUUUUGAGGAUUGGGUGGAGGUAAGUGUUAUUAAAACAAACCUCAAGUCGUGAAAAAGUUGUCUGGUUCUAUUUGCUUUAUUUUCACUUAUUUUGAAAAAGUAAGUUUACUUAAGUUUAUUUGAGUUUAGAUAAUAUAAAUUUAGCAAAACAAACCCGUCCUGUUCGGUAAUUAACGGUUAGCGGUUAGCCGUAGCGGAUUGGAUUAUCAAAUUUGCCUAACUGAUUGAAUUAACAAUUUUGACUAGGUGGUUGAAUUGUUAGUUUGUUAAAAGUGUUUGGUAAAUAGCGGUUAGCUGUUAGCUAUUUGAUAAUAUAAAAUGACAAAUAAGGACAUUAUCAUAUUGUAUUGUUUGAUUUAAGAUUACUAAGUGUACAUGAAUUAUUCGACAAGUAAACAAAAAAGAGAAUAAUUAGAAUUAAACACAUAUGAAUAGGAAAAAAUAAAGAAGUGUUUAAAAAAAAACUUGAAUAACAUUGAAAAGAAUACGAAGAAGAGGAAAAAAAAUGGGGAAUUUUUUUAAAUAAAUCACUUGAACUGAAAAAAAACAUAUAAAAAAGAAGAAGUUAAAAUUAAGCGAAGAAAAAAAAUACAGAAGAAAUUAAUUAAAGAAAAAAAAAUGCAGAAUCCCCCACCUCAAAAAAACCGCAGAAGAGUGAAAAAAACAAGAGAGAAGAAAAAAAAAUGGAGUACGAAAGAGGAGUAAAAACAGGAGAAAAAAAUGUAGAAUCUUUUACACAAAACGUAUAAAAGAAGAAGAAAAAAAGAGAGAAAAUAAAUCAAGAAAAAUUAAAGGGGAAAUGGAUGCUUUGUUAGUAUUAACUUGUUGGCAAAAUUGUAUCACAUGGCCCAAUGCUAUCAUCUACUCCAAUUGGAAAAACGGCUAGGAUCCGCAUUUUUUAAAUUAGCGGAUUCAUCUCACUCCACUAUUCCAUUUCGCUAACAACCAAACACCUACCUAAGGGAUUGAUAAUUACAUAAGAUAAGAAAGCGUUAACGUAGGUAAGAUCAAUGCUUUCCGACUGAAAUGAACGAAUCGAAUCACUCUUGACUUGAUGGAGAUUGGUUUGCUUAACAAAGUUGGUCAAACUUCUAAAUGAGUCUAAUCCAUUAAUUUUUUUUCAAUCCUCUAACAACCAAAGGCCAUGAUCGAAUUAAAACUUGGAUAAUCACUCUUUUUAUGGGUUGGUCAAAGAAAACAUGAAAUGAAGCUAGUACUCCGUUGGUCCGUACUUCGUAGUAGAACAAGUGUGUACAGUAGUUGUUAUGUACUUUCAUUAGUUGGAAUUUUGGAAGAUAAAAUGGAAAAAAUAAAGCAACGAAAUUGCGAGGAAAUUAUAGGGAGCCCAACUUGACAAAAACACAAAUUGGGUUGUUUGAGUGUUUCCCUUUAGGCAGUUUAAAGGGACCCUUAAAUGGCCAAACCAAAUUCCAGUUCAGUCAUUUUCUUCCAACCCUCAUGCUUUUCCUUUCUGUAAGGCAUUACGGAGAUAAAUAUCAUACUCCAUCUGUUAUUUUAUUUUUAUGGAAAAAUUGUUUUAAUUAAUUUAACUUUUUUUACGAUUUUCUACUAAUUAUACAAUCUUUAGAUUAUCUCUAUUAUAUAAGCCAAGAGGUGAAGUCUUUUUGGUAAUCACGCUUUUGGUGUCCCCCACGUAAAAUACCAAAAUAUCCUUAAGCUCAUAUAUUCUUCUCCAAUUCAAUUGUGAUUAAUAUAAACAUUAUUUCUUAUUAAAAAGAAAGCAUAAGAAAUUAAUCUUCUCAAAAUAAGUCAUCAACCUCUCAUCUUCUAUGCACUCCUCAUAAAUAAAUCUACUAACAACCAUUUUCGUUAUAUCUUACACAAUCAACUCUAUAAAAAUAAUACUUUAGUUCUUACAGAAAGUUUAUGCUUUAAUAUGUGAUUAACCAAGUACAUUUCGAGAAAAAAAAUAUGUGAUUGCGUAAGAAACCGUAAAUCAAUUGAGUAUAGAAUAUGUGAUUAGCCAAGUACAUUGCGAGAAAAAAAAAGGUGAAACACACUAUUUAUAUAGUAAUUUUCUUUAUUGUAAUACUACAAUUUAGAUUUUUCGUCAUAUAAAUAGGUGUAUUACAUUGUUUCACUAUCUAAAUACUUUUAGCUAGAGAUUAUAUCUAAUUUUUCUUCAUAUGAACUUUUUGAAUAAUUUUUCUAGCAUACUCCUAUUAUUUAUUACGAUUAGUUGUCAUAACGUAAUUUUUAGUUUUAUAAUCUCGCACGCAUAGCGUGCAUAUAAGACUAGUUAUUUAAUAAUCCAACAUUUAGACCUCAUUAAACCCAAAUGAUUGGAAAUAGUCUACAUAUGUCAAGUGGGUGUUGGCUUAGGAGAGGUUUGAGGGAAAAAGAGGUUUUUGGGGUGAAUUAGAGGUUUGACGUUUAGAAAAAGCUAAUGGGGAGUGUUUGGUUAUGAGAGGAUUGGAAGAGAGUUUUGGGGUAAAAAAAACUAAUUUUAAAAAAGCUCUAUAUAGGAGCUUUUUGCAAUUAGAGGUUUGUAAAAGUGGAUGAAAAUGACUAUUUUGUCCUACUAUUGCCUAUAAUUACAACAACUAUCAACCUUGUUACCCUACAUAUUUUUCUCCUAAAAACAUUACUCACACUUUCUUUUUCAUUUCACCCUAUUUACUAGAUUCGUUUUUUGUUGUAAUAAAUUUUAUAUUAGUACUUUGAAAUAAUUGAAGUAUAUUGCAAUAAUGCUUAAAAUAUCAUUAGUAAUAUUUCUCUAUUGAAAAAUAUGAAGGAAAUAAUGCCCUUGGUCCAAGUAUGCAUAUAAUGUUAAGUCUAAUAAAUGCGGUUCAAUAUUAAUUAACAAGUUAAUAAUUCAGUGAGAUAAAGUGAGUUGAAUGCCUAGCUAGAGGCCGGUUCAGUUCAAGUGGAAUUAAUAAUAUUAAUCCACAGCUUACUCUUGACUGAACCCGUAGGGUCACACAAAUAGUACGUAAACGGAUCAAGUAUUUAAUGGCAUUAAAUACUCCAUCUAUGGAUAUUCGGAAUCGAUGGAUCUUGGUUUCAGUGGGAGCUAAGAUCGUCAAAGGCAAGCAAAUGAAUACUCCGGAAACGAUGAUAUUGCCGAAAACGGAAAUAUGGAUCGUAUCGGAAAUAUAAAUAUUAUCCAAGUCGUAGAUGUUGCCGGAAACGGAAACAUGGUACGUAUCGGAAAAUAUUAAUGGAAAUGAAAAUAUUGCCGGAAUCGGAAAUAUUGCCGGAAACGGAAAUAUUGUCAGAAUCGGAAAUAUUAUCGGAAUCGGAAAAUAAUUCCGGAAACGGAAAUAUUAAAUAUUUGUUUGAAACGGAAAUUAAUUCCAGAAUCGGAAAUAUUAAAUAUUGUUCGUAUCGGAAAUGAAUUCCGGAAUCGGGAAUUUAAUCGGAAAGCGUAUCAUACGAAUUAGCAUCGGACGAGGCUUGCUAGACGAAGGCCCAGCACGAGGCUAGGCCAACGCCCAGCAAGCCACACACCAAGUGCUCGACCAGGCCCAGCGCAAGGCCAGGCCCAGCCAAGCACUGGCAGGCGCGCACGAAGCUCAUGGGCUGCGAGGCCGCAUGCGCUAUGCGCUCGGCGUGCAUGCGUGUGCGUGUGCUCGUGUUCGUAACGAAUCCUAAUUAUAUCGGAAUUCGUGCAUUGAUUAAAUCCUAAUCCUAAAAGAUUAAAUUUAUUAUUUAGAGUUCUAUUAGGAUUCUAAUUAAUAAAUCCAUAUCCUAGUAGGAUUAUAAUUCCUUUCCAUAAACUCUAUAAAUAUGGGCCUAGGGUCACAUAUUUAACAGAUGAUUUUGAAGUAUUCAAAGGUAAGACUUUUAAGCAAAAAUCAGUCAAACACUUGCAACCCAAAAUAGCCGAAAAUCCUAAGUAACCUUAAGGGCGAUUCUAGUUGGUCAAGCUUAAGGCGGAUCCGGACAUGCUGUGGACUAUCUACGGAGGGACGACACUUGGAGUCCUAAAGACUUGUUCUUUUUCGGUUCGGGCGCAGCUAGGGAGGGCACGCUACAAAGUUUUUACUAUGGCAAACAACAAUCAAAACAUCAUCAUGGGUUCUGAGCUUAUGGUCAAGCUGAACCUGACAAAUUUUCUUGAAUGGGAAGCUAAGCUAGUUGAAAUAGUCAGACUCAAUGGACUUGAGUAUGUACUGUUACAUCCCAUGCCAAGCUACUAUGCCAGAGACAUGACCCCUGAAAGAUUUUCCGCCUGGGAUGCGGAUCUCAAAAAGGUUAUGAGUCUCAUGCUGAAUAAUAUCCCCGAUGAAUGGGCUAGAAGGUUUGUAGCUUAUGAACCAUUUACGCUCAUCAAGAAUCUGAGGGAUAUCUGUUGUGGAAGCACGGAGGACAAGGACCUGAACGUCCAUGAGUUGAUUGAAUCAAUGUCUGGUCUAAAGGUUAGUUCUCCCAACAGGUGUUAUAGGAUGGAGGUCCAAGAAACACAUGUUCAGCUCCUUCGCACUAAACAAAGGGUAGGCGUCCCACUAAGGUUCCAUGUGGAUCUUAUGCUUUCAUAUUUCGAUCGCCUAAGUCUGCUAGGAACACCAAUAAGUGAAAGGAUGGCAGUCUCUAUCUUGCUCAAUUCACUGCACAGUGGGUUUGGUCGCUUCAAGCAACUAUACCUAAGUGAACCAAGAGAAGAAACAGUUGCAGAAUUUGUUCACCUUGUCAGAAAGGCUGUUAUACUACUGGACUGUGAAGCCAAAGAUUUACUCAAGGCUAAAGGGAGACCGUUCAAGAAAAGUGGAAAGUCCAAGGGCAAUGCUAAAUCAAAGCAGGACAAGUCCACAUCAAGCUGUCUUUAAUGUGAUGGAAUAGGCCAUUACAAAAGAGAAUGUUCAAAGCUAAAGGAAGAUCAGAAGAACGGAACAGUCGUUCCAUCUUCAGGUAUUUUCGUUAUAGACUGUAUAAUUGCUAAUUCAACAUCUUGGGUAUUAGAUACAGGUUGUGGCUCACACUUAUGUUCCAAUUCACAGGGACUAAGAAGAAGUAGAAAAUUAAGCAAGGGUGAAGUCGACCUACGAGUGGGAAAUGGAGCACGGAUUGCUGCAUUAGCUGUAGGAACUUAUUAUUUGUCGUUGCCCUCUGGGCUAGUUUUGGAACUGGAAGAGUGUUUCCAUGUUCCAAGUCUUACUAAAAACAUCAUUUUUGUUUCUUGCUUAGAUGC